AUGUCUGAUAAUAUCAACGAACAAAAUCCCAUGAUGAAUCUAAUCAAUGAUACUGAUGAACAACAUCAUAAACAUUAUGUUGUUAAAAAAAUCGAAUCGAAUAUUAAUGAACAAGAAAAAGAAAUUAUUGGUUAUGAUUGUAUUUAUCAAUAUGAAAAUUAUCAAAUCAAACUUGAAUAUCGUUUAUUAAAUGGAUAUUGGAAAAUAAUUUCUGAUCAAUUAAAUACAAAACAAGAAGAAGAAUUAAAUAAUUUAUUAAAUAAUCUUAAUCUCAACGAAUAUCAUCUUUUUCCUCAACAAAUCGAUAUUAUUAUUCAAAAAUUUGAUCAAUAUUUUUCGGAAUUAAAAGAAAAAGAAAAUGAAAUAAUAAUCAGUUCAUUAUUAGAAGAAGAUGAUGAUGAAAUAAAAAAAUUGAAUUUUCCAUCAAUCGAAUUAUUAUAUAAUAAUAAUAUUCCAACACCAUCGCCUAUUUUAGAAGUUGAUGAGGAACAAUUAGAUUUACCAACACAAUCAUUAUCAGCACAUUUUCAACGAAAAAUUAUUAAUUUAACACCAACUACAAUAUCAAAUCGUAUUCGACUAGAUAGUGCUUGUAGUUCAACUAAUAGUAUUAAAUAUGCUGAAUUUGUUCCUCCGACUAUGACGUCAAUUCAACGACGACGUAUUAUUCAAUCAAUUAUUUUAGGUGUACAACGAAAAAAAAAAAUAUUUGAAAAAGUUCUUAAUACAUUAAAACAUAUUCCAUCCGAACCAACAAUGUAUGAAUUAGGUUUAGAAUUUUUACGUGUCUAUGAUGGAAAAUUUAAUUAUUUACCAGGACAUACAUUUAUUAUGCCAUUUAAAGAACGAACUUGGUUUUUAACAAUUCUUAAUAUUAAAUGUAUGGAAAUUGAAUUUGGAGAAAGUGAACCACGAUCUGUUUUAAUACUUCAAUAUAAUAAUGAAUCUACAACUGUACAACUUUGA